AUUUAUUUUAGGAUCAUUGGCCUAGCGCUUUGGCUUUUGGUGAUUUGGUCUCACUGUCUAAUAAUAAAUACAGCAAGUGAGCAAGUGAGAAAGUGUGUGUACAAAAUUAGGGUCAUAGUAAUAAGUAUAACAAAGGAACUGUACAAGAAAAGCUUCCAGUCUCAUAUUCCACACCAAACCAAUAACAAUAGAAUGCAAGUACAAUUGAAACACAUAAAGUAGUUUGCAAUAUUAUUAGUAAACAGCAUGUAUAGGACGAAUUUUGUUGGUUCUGCCGAUACUCAUUGGGAUGAAGCAGAGUCCACUGACGACGACGAUACCAAUACACUCAGUCACGCCAACUCGAUCCGUGCGCUACAUACACACCGGAAUGCACAUACAGGCACAGCUGGUAGUGAUGCCACACAACAUGAUCAAGGGAUAGAGCCAGCUCAAGUUGUAGAUGCUGAUGCACGUGGAGACGAUCAAUCUAUGAGAAGUCGACGUCACUGGAUUCAUUCGCUUGUACCCAGGAUACGUACUCGAGGGGGAAAUGGGAAGGCAAAUGUACAGGUAGCCAAAUACAAUAUGAAAACCGCUCAUACAAGCGGCCUUAAUUUAGCUUCAACCUUGGCACCGGGUGCACAGAACGGGACUGACGGACUAGAUACCAACAAUAAUAUUAAUGAUAACAGUAAGAAUGAAUCCGAAGUUAACAAACCGCCUCCAGGGAAGAUUCUCUGCGAUCUCCCUGAAACAUGGCCGCAUCCCGUACUAGGUGCACGUCUGUUUAACCGCUUGUUCGCAGACAAUCGCUUCUGGGCGUAUGUUUCUGAUUCACGCGUAACUCGAGCAUUGCGGUUUGGUGCAGUAAGUAUACCUGCAUAUUAUGUAUCUGUGUUUCCAACGGAACUCGGCGAUACUGCUAUUUUGGUGGGUAUAUUCUAUAUGAUUUGCACCUUCAUGGCACCGCAUGGAAUAGGUUCCAUCACCGCCUUAACAUUCUUUCUCUUGGGGUUGAUACUCGCGUAUGCAGUUACAUCGGCUCUACUAGCAUGCGUGCUCGCAGGAAGUAACGCACUUCUGCUAGUAGUAUACUUCCUCAUCUGUAUGAUAUUCGGAUUGUCGGCUCUGGGGCCGCUGGGGAAAAUAGGAAGGCUGCUACCAGUGCUGAUGAUUAUUGUGAUGGCGUCGCUGUUCUGGUCGCUCUACCCAAGUGCGGCGGAUGGAUUGAGUGCUGUGGUACCAGAGGAUACGGUUAAGAGUAUUAUUGAGGAGGAGCAACAACAAAUCACAGCAGCUGAGCAGGCUGGGAUAGUCUUAGACUUGGACCCUAUUGUUAGAGAAUUCGCCGAUACUUUAGUCGAAAUGAUGUCGGCCAACGCAACGUCAUCUGUCAUAUUUAACAUCCCCGAAUCCCUAGACAGCCCCCUCACGGGCAUUGACAUGAACGUAACAGUAGUCCCUGGUGCAAGUGUGUACUUCUACAUACCGCCGGGCUCCUGGGUGAUUAGCAAUGUUCUGUGGGGUGACACUAACUCGGGGCUGACAAAUAUCCGAACGGCCGUGGAACAUAUGUGUGUGGCCCUGGCGUUCUUUGUGGCGUGUUUCCUGUUACCGCCGUACAAGGGAAUGAAGAGAGAGGCUCGGCAUAUCAUGGGACGUGUGCUUGCCACAUUCACGACUGCGUAUUCAGGUUUCUCGCGCUCUGUCAACCGAUCCGAGCACGAUGAAGACUUGAACGACAAGUAUAUGAUAGGUCUGGCACAGACCAUCUUCAACGCACUGGCUGGCGCCAAAGCCCUUCUCGGGGGUGGUGCGGCGCUUGAUCCGAAUAUUUUCACACCAUCGCCUUUAUCGCGUAUAGACAAGCAGCUGGCGGCAGUUCUCGAGAAGAUUAGUGCCAUGUCUACUGAGCUCUACAUGCAUGCGGUGUAUGAGACCGAGGAUGACGAGGCCAGCGAGGAGGUACUCAGCGCGCUUGCAGAUCUGAAACACGCGUGUGGCGAUCUGAUCGAGAAGUGUGGCAUUGCAAUCUGUCAGAUACCCCAUCCCGGAAUGAAAGCGCAAUCAGAGUCGCUUGCCGAAGACCUAGUGACACUGGAAAAAAACCUACAAGAGGCGUACAGCCUGUACGAUAAGGUGUAUCUGACUGACUUGUAUGCCCAGCUACAGUCUGCAGACAAACGCAAUGGAGACAGGCUUAGCCCUGACCUGAAUAUCAAGGACAGGGCCGGUGGGGAUGAUGGCGAUGGCACAGUCGAGCGUCUGCUAGUCAAUAGUGUGGCUAACCAAUGCCAAGUGCGCGCCUGCUUCAGAGACAACCCCACGCGGCUCUCCGAGGCUGUGCGUGAUCUGCUACACGCCCAGUACGACUACGCGGUCAAGAAUCUGGUGCUGCCUGGGAUUCUGUGGUUGUUUGGGGGUGUGAUCGUUUCCAUAGCCAACCCCUUACUGCACCUGGUUAGGGCAAUUAAGGCCAUUCCGACCGCCAAAUGGCGGGGUGAGGCCGCGUGGUAUCACGAGCGUAACGUGCACAUGGUGCUGCGGUACAGUGUGGGUCUGCUGAUACUGUUUAUCAUCCCGCUCUAUAGUGUCACAUUUCGCACCUGGGUUUGGCCUGAGAAACAAGACACAGACUCAUACCUACAGUACUUGGCGGUGCCCAUAGCCAAUCGAAUGGAGAUGUGGAGUGUGCUGAGCUUCAUAAUAUGUUUGUUCCCCACCUUGGAAGCCACAACACAUAAGGCCUUGGCGCGGAUGUUCGGUAUCCUCAUUGGCUGCCUGUUGUCUUGGUUCAUUCUCUGGUCCUCGCAGGACGAGGGGUGGGCCAUAAUAAUAUGGUUGGCGGUGACGCACACGGUGACCGUGUUCUUCGCUGCCACUGAGGGGUCAGAGUCGGUCGUCUGGGUUAGUCCUGCGUGGGGCUAUGCCGCGGUGUCCACCCAGAUCUGCAUCACUAUCGUGUGCCUGGAAUACUGGCACACCCGUUCCAUCUACACCAUCGAGUACUUCAUCCUGUCCCGUUUCGCGGGCAACUACUUCGGAUCAAUGAUGGCCAUUCUCAUGGCCAUGUGGUUCCUGCCACAGAGCGCCGGGUUCAACGCGCGCGUGGCGUGUCUACAGACGUACGACCACCUUAUGAAGAGUCUGAGGGCGGCUGUGGAUAGCGUCGGCAGUACAGUGGAGCGUAAAGCCUCGGUCAUGUUGGCUGUAUACAGUGGGCCAGAGCUGGGUGGUCCGGAUGAUGCGACCACCCCAGCGGCGAGUGGAGAUGCAGGUAAUGAUGUCAGUGGCACACCCGAUGGAUGUGCUACGCGUAAGGACAAUACGUAUGUGGUUUCGCCUCAGACCAGUACGAGUACAACCAAUCCGACACAGCCGGCGAGAGACAAGGAAGGGUUCGCUCAGGCCGUGGCUGAGUUGGGCAAGGCGGGUGCCACACUGGCGGAGGCUCAGGAGUUGCUGGCCGAUGCGGGUGUCUUGCCUAAUGGCCCUAUAGUGGUUACGGAUAGGCGGCUAAACCAUCUGAGAGUGUACUUUGCUACGCUGUACCGCAUCGCCCAGGUGAUGGAGAAUGCCGCAGAUAUUGCGGGUGAGGAACGGACCAAGAGCGUGCUGAUGAAGCAAUUGCGGGACAAAAGCGGGACGUGGAAGGCUUCGGAUGACAGCAGCUCUGGUCCGGACAACGACAGCCAGAACAACUUGAGCAAGAAAGAUGGGGUGUUGGCAGCUAUGAUGAAGAAGACGAAGGCCAAGACAUCCAACACGUCCGAGUUUAAACACAACAAACCCGAACCCCGGAAGAAGGCCCCGCGCCGGGAGGUGUGUGUGCUACGCAUAGAUCCGGAGCUCAAGGAGGAGGCGUAUCAUGCACUGGAGGUGCUGCAGAUGAGACUCAGAGGUGUGCUGUGGGCUCACUCCGACUACGAUGCGGCUGACUUGCCGUUCUGGUCUGGGUUGACGCUGAGCGAUGAGGUGAAGCGUGGUGACGAUGAAGCGCUGAAUCUGUUGAUAAGCGCGAGAAAGCUGGGUGCGUCUGUGACGGAUGCCGGGGGAGAGGGUACUGGGGCACUGAAGGUUGUAGAUACACACACAGGCAAACGCGCCAGGAGUGUCAGUGUGCGGAGCGAUCACCUCCGGUCACGAAAGGACAUCGUGAACGACAGCUUGUGUCUCAAAGUGGAUGUGGAACACCGUGCCUUCAUGAACAUGUCGCUGCAGGAGCUUAUUGACAGUGUGCACAGUACAGAGUCUUCUGAUUUGGUGUACUUUGCGCUGAGCCUGGCCCGGUUCGAGGACUAUUCGGGGUUGAUCCUGCAGGCGUAUAGUCGUCUACAGCCGGAGAGUGAAAUGCCGUACUUGCAAGACUUGUUUACAAUACGGAAUGCUAGGUCCAGACGCUUUAUUAAAGCUCUCAAAACUAGUGAAGGGGCUAUGAAGUGCUGAGGAAGGGUGUAUGAGGUGAUAGGGUACCUCGGAAUAAGAGUAGAUUAGUAUAUAUAUAUAAGAAAGUACAGUGUAAUACUCGCACAAAAUAAAACAUAGGUGAAUGAUAUGCAACUCCUCCUGUUCGUGCAA